AUGCCUCCGGUCCGUACAUCGCGCAACCGCAAACCACCACCGGAUGGCUUUGACGAAAUAGAAGACACACUGCUCGAGUUCAGCAAUAAGAUGAAGGAUGCUGAAAAUGCGUCGCAUGAUGGGAAAAAGAAACAUGAAAUGCUAUGGCCCAUCUUUCAAAUAAGCCAUCAACGUUCGAGAUAUAUCUAUGACCUCUAUUAUGAAAAACAAGCCAUAUCAAAGCAACUAUAUGAGUGGUUGCUGAAAAACAACUACGCCGAUGCCAACCUUAUCGCAAAGUGGAAGAAACAGGGCUACGAAAAACUUUGUUGCCUUCGCUGCAUCCAAACUAAGGAAACGAACUUCAAUGCCACCUGUAUCUGUCGAGUACCGAAAGCGCAGCUCAAGGAGGACCAAAUGAUCCAAUGUGUCAGUUGCGGAUGCCGAGGCUGUGCAAGUAGCGAUUAG